GCAGCUGGUCAGUCAACGGCUUAUCCGCGCUCAGCUCAAUUCAAACAUGGCUUCAUCAACAACAACCCUCAAAGGCGACGAGUUCGACAGGCAGCUUUUCGAAUCUGUUCUCAAGCGUCGUUUCUUUUUCACCGAGGCGUUUGAAAUCUACCGAUUGUCCCCAAACUUCAAAGGCGACAACCGUGGCCUCUUCGACUAUGGCCCCCCGGGAUGUGCACUCCAGGCCAAUAUUGUGGACAUGUGGAGGAAACACUUCGUUCUCGAGGAGAAUAUGCUAGAAAUGGAUUGCACCGUUGUUACGCCCGAGCUUGUGCUCAAAACCAGCGGGCACGUUGACAAAUUUGCGGAUUGGAUGUGCAAGGACUCGGUUAAGGGCGAUUACCUGCGAGCGGACCAUCUCGUCGCGACCGUCCUGAAAGCGCGCCUUGCUCGGGGCACCCGGGGCCUCGUCAAGGAUUCGCCUAACCUGGAGCAAGCAACCAUUGAUGAAUACAAUGGAAUACUGGCCAAGAUCGACAACUACGACGGCGAUGGGCUAGCCGAGUUGAUCAAGCAACAUGGCAUCCGGAACCCAGAGAACAACAACGAAGUCCUGCCACCUGUCCCCUUCAAUUUAAUGUUCAAGUCCACGAUAGGGCCAAGCACCGCCGCACCCAUUUAUCUUCGGCCCGAGACUGCCCAAGGUCAGUUCUUGAAUUUCAAGAAGCUGCUGGACUACAACCAGGGCUCCAUGCCGUUUGCGUCAGCCAGCAUUGGCAAAUCGUACCGAAACGAAAUCUCUCCCAGAACUGGGCUUCUUCGGGUUCGAGAGUUCCUGUUGGCCGAGAUUGAACAUUACGUUGACCCGGAAAAGAAGCAACACCCUCGGUUUCGGGAGGUGAGCGACAUUGUACUGCCGCUACUUGACAGGGAGACCCAGCUGUCGGGCAAGACGACAUCCCGGACAAUCACAAUCGGCCAGGCCGUCGAGUCCAAGGUUAUUGACAACGAAACCCUCGGCUACUUCAUGGGGCGGAUCAUGUUGUUCCUUGCGAAACUCGGCGUCGACCAGUCCAAGGUCCGAUUCAGACAGCAUCUGGCGAACGAGAUGGCUCACUACGCUUGCGAUUGCUGGGACGCCGAACUACUCACGAGUUACGGCUGGGUCGAGUGCGUUGGCUGCGCCGACCGAAGCGCUUAUGAUUUGACGGUGCAUGCAAGGUACACGGGUACCUCGUUAGCUGUCAAGGAGGUCCUUCCGGAGCCUGUGAAAGUGGAGGAGUGGCAGGCUACUCUUGACAAGAAGCGUACUGGGCCGCGUUUCAAAAAAGAUGCGAAGGUAGUCCAGUCAGCUGUCGAAGCUUUGGACCAAGUUGCGCUUGAAAGUCUGGCUGCUGAACUCGAGAAAAACGGAGCUGUGGUCAUCGAGACACCAGCUUUAUCUGACGGGACCAUGAAUGUGGAACUGUCACAGGAGCUUCUGGCCAUCUCCAAAAUUACUCGCCUCCAAAGUAUUCGCGAAUACACGCCGAAUGUGAUUGAGCCGUCCUUUGGCAUCGGGCGGAUUCUCUACAGUCUGCUGGAACAAGUGUACUGGCAUCGGCCCAACGAUGCCGCGAGAGCGGUCUUGUCCUUGCCUCUGGCCGUGGCACCCAACAAAGUUCUCAUCGCCCCCUUGUCGUCUCACCCCCAACUCAACGCCAUCUCUCACAGGCUCUCGGCCCGGCUGCGAAAGAUGGGCAUCGCAAACAUUAUCGAUGCGUCGAGCGCAUCCAUUGGCAAACGAUAUGCACGGAACGACGAGCUGGGCACGCCGCUGGGCAUGACGAUUGAUUUUGACACGUUAACCGACGGGUCGGUGACAUUGAGGGAGCGGGAUUCCAUGGUCCAAGUCAGAGGCUUGGAGGAUGAGGUUAUGGCGGCAAUCAGGGGCUUGCUUGAGGGGACCGAGACGUGGGAACAAGUGACGGGGAGGAUGGAGGUUUUUGGCGCCCAGGAAGAGGAUUAUUAGCAGAAACGAUAGUAGGAGUCCAUCCUUUUGACUUUGCGCACUGAGGAACACUCCCGCACAGGUUCACAUCAAUAACUGGUGGUCGGAGGGAAGGGGG